AUGUCGGAACUGCAGGUGGUGGCGGCCCUGCCUGUGCUACUGCUGUUGAUUCGAUCUGGUGAGACCUAUUCGGUUCGGCUUUCUGGCCAUUGGAGUCUCAGUGAUGGAGAUACUGUCGUUCACUUCAGCGUCACCUCAACCGGCGCGGAUGUCCACUCAGUUCUUCAUGAGGUUGGAAUUAUUGGCAAUCCCCUUAGGGGCUACGGCGAUGUAGAACUGCGCUACAUUAGUUACAAGAACUGGACCUUCUCGCACUACUUCCGAGUCGAUUAUCCCGAGGCUUUUGAAACCACUUCCCUCGAAAUUGAUGAGAUGGAUACAUUUUGUUGCGUCUACCUUAAUAAUAAUCCUCUGGCAUGCAUUGAAAAUAGUUUUAUCCGCUCAAUCCUCCCUGUUCACGCUGUUCUUCGCUAUGGCUGGAAUCUUCUCCAAUUCGUAUUCAAGUCGACACCCUUGAUGGCCAAAGAAAGUUAUCAGAAGCUCUCUCCAAACCCACCACUUCCCGCCUGUUGGCCUAACAUUUUUAGAGGUGAAUGCUAUGUCAACGCGGUUAGAACAACACAAUCUGCUUUUGGGUGGGAUUGGGGUCCUGCUUUUCCGAUUCAGGGAUUUUGGAAACUACCCUCUCUUAGAUUUGGUAAGGUUUGGUUGGGUGAUGGACUACACUUUUUCCCAGUAAUGCUAGAACGCAGUUGGAAGGCUUCCGUCUCUGUCGAGGUUCUUCGUAGUUCUAGCAUUGUUAAGCCAGAUCACAGUGUCUGCGUUUAUGCAAAACUGCAAGGUGGAUUAAUGCAAGGGUGGACAGGGCGUUGUAUUUCGCUGCGGGACCGAGAAACGGAUGUGUGGAUGGAAUUGCCGUUGGCCUCAAACGCCACGGUGAGACCCUGGUGGCCGCUCGGAGUGGGCUCGGGACCAUACUUGUACGUUCUGAGUGUGCAGCUCCGAAAUCCACUUGGUGAUCUUCUGGUCGACAGAAAAUCCUUCUGGGUCGGUUUUCGGAAAGUUGAACUCGUCCAGGAGGAUGUGAAAGUGCAAGAGCGUGCCUACGGGAAGACGUUCUUCUUUCGCAUCAACGGUGAAGCGCUAUUUGUGAGAGGCAGCAACUGGGUCCCCGCUAAACUCUUUGUGGGAGGUGAAAGGGAGCUAGCAGCGUCGAAAUCGUAUCUACUGCAAUCGGCGGCCCGGGCGGGUAUUCAGAUGCUGCGUGUGUGGGGCGGAGGGCGCUACGAGGACCGCCGGUUCUACGAUCUCGCCAGUCGCCUCGGCAUCAUGCUCUGGCACGAUAUGAUGUUCGCAUGCGCAAUGUAUAAAAAACCAUCCAGUGGAGAAGUUUAUUGCUUUCGAUUUGACUCUGUUGAGUCCUGUGUCUGCGAAGGUAAGAAUCGUGCAUGUGUCUGCAGAACAGAUACUGUGGAGACAGAAGUACGACAACAGGUGAGGCGACUUCACCAUCAUCCCGCUAUCGUGGUGUGGGCUACAAAUAACGAGGUGGAGGUGGCCGCCGCUCAGCAUUGGUACGGACCUAAAAUUGACAAGCAGGAGUAUCGUCGACGAUUUCUAGACUCAAUUGCCGUCAUCACGAUGAGAAAUGAGGCAUCACCUGUUGGAAGCACCGGCUAUGUUCCUCGUCGCGUACUCCUCUCAUCUCCCAGCAACGCGGACUCCUCCACCGAUCCCUACGGCAUCGACUCUAAUCCGCAGGAUCCACUGGCAGGCGAUGUUCACUUUUACUCCUACCACGACGAUCUGUGGAAUGAGUGCACGUAUCCAGUCACCCGUUUCACAUCAGAGUACGGUAUCAUGUCUUUGCCUGGCCCGUUGGCUUGGUUCCGAUCUCUCGACAACAGAAGCAGUCGAUUGGAUGAUUGGAGCAUUCACGGACAUCUAAUGAUGCACAGACUGCACAAAACUGAUGGCAUUGGCAUCCUUGAGAGAUUAGUUAGGGAGAAAUUUGGAGAGCCGAAAUUGGGUCGAACAAAAGAAGAGACGUAUACCACGUAA